CUAAACCGAGAGAAAACAUCCCUUCUUUUAGAUCUAAACCAGAAAAACGCUUCCAAUCUCCAUAACCCACAAGAUCCAUCCAAAUCCCUCAAGCAGCUCAAAGGUGUUUAAUGAUCUAGAGGCGGGUUGAGAGCCUUAACAUGAUUUGGGUUUUGAGGAUUUAAACGAAUCAGUUUUGAUGGAUAAAAAUAAAAACCGGACCGAUCUGCUCGCUGCUGGCCGUAAAAAGCUUCAACAAUAUCGGCAAAAGAAGGAUGGUAAAGGCAGUAAACCCUCGGGUAAGGCUAAUAAAUCAGACCAUGAUGUUGUUACUGAUGAAGCAUCUUCUGUUGCCAAAUCGGAAAAGGGAAAAAAACAACUUCCAGCCACAGAAGUGCCUGUUCAAGAUCCGGCCACAGAGCCUGUUGAUUCAUCUAUACAAGAUUCCUCGGAUAACUUAGUAGCUACUAAUGCUGAUACGGGGAGUCCUGAAUUCUCCACACCAAGUUUACAAAUAGAAGUUUCUGAGGCUGAUGAAAAUGGAUCAAGCUUGAAGCUUGCCAAUGAAUCAAUUGAUGCUUUGGUUCCAGAUAAAGAUCUGCAGAUUUCUAACCUUGAUGAGGCGAUGCCAACUAAUUAUUCUCCAGAAACAGUUAAUGUUGGAGGAAAACCUGAAAGUGGCUACGUUCAUGUGACGCCUGUUGGUUUGAAAGCCAUACUUGAUGUUGGCUUUUCUCGUAAAGCAGGUGAAUUGAAUGCUGCAUGUGGGGAAGAUCAGGUACCAGAUGUAGGGGCAAUGCAAGAACAUGGUCAUUCAUGUUUGGAACCUGAUAAUAGAACCAGUACGAUAGAAUUUGCAGGGGACAUGAAACCUUUGUCAUCCAUACUUGAUGAGAGAGCUCAAGUUAAUUCAGGGGAUGGUGAAGAAGAUACUAAGAUGGAAUAUACAAGCAGUGCAACAGAACAAACUAGUGAACCCGAUGGCAUUCCUGCAGUUGCUAGUGUGGAUGACAAUUCAGGCGAUACUAACACAGAUGUGUAUUCUGACUCUCAACGUUUUUUGCCCAUCUCAGAUGGGGUUCCAUCUUCUGAUCCUGCACCUACAAUUCCAAAAGAAGAUGUAGUGGCAGGCUUUGAUGGCGAUGGAGGAAUAACAUUGCCAUCUACCUCAGGUGAUUCCGAGUAUGUAUCUUUGACGGAUAGCGUGCUUUCUGGUGGGGAGGUCACACCAGCUGGCCUCACUCAGCUUGCAAAGGUGUUCCAGCUUCUAGGUGAUGAUGAAUUUAGGUUUCUGGUUGCGGCAAGAGAGUCAGUUAGUAGUGGGCAUGUGAAGAAUGAUGAUCAUAUGAUGUCUGGCUCUGCUGAAUUCUCUGAGAGACUCAAGGAGCAGUUAUAUAUCAAUAAUUUUGAAAAAGAAUUGGUUUACCUGCAGCUAUGCGAAGAAUGGGAUGUACAGAAGGAGUUUGAUGAGCAUCGUCUUCAGUGGGUUAAUGAAAAAUUGGUUUUCAGUGCUUCUCUUGGUGAUUUUGAAGAGAAGAACAAAAUCCUUUCUGAAGAGCUUGCCAGAUGUAGGUCUGAACUGGACAGAGUUACAAGUGAAAUGGAGAAGCUUCAGAUGAAUGUUUCUUCCUCGAAAACAGAGUUGGACCGGUCCUCUGCUCGCAUUGAGGAGUUGCAGGCUGAACUCAACAGGUCUGAGCAUCAGUUGCUGAAUGUGUCAUCUGAGUUGGUUGACAGUAGGAGUUCGUUAUCAGAUUUGCAGGUGAAAAAUGAAAAUCUGAACGGGUCUGUUGCUUCAUUGACCGAUGAGAAAAAUAAACUUGAGCAUCAGUUGUUAAAUGUGUCAUCUGAGUUGGUUGACAGUAAGAGUUUGUUAUCAGAUUUGCAGGUGAAAAAUGAAAACAUGAAUGUGUCUGUUGCUUCAUUGACCAAUGAGAGAAAUAAACUUGAGAAGGAAAAAGGAGACGUGAUUCUGGAGAAUGAGAAGUUGAUUAAAGAAUUGAUGGAGUGCAAUUCUUUACUGGAAUUAGCGCAGGUUGAUAAUGUCGAUGCCAAAAGAAAUCUUUCUCAUGUAAAGGAGGAGAAGACCAAACUGGAAGAGGAAAAACAAGAUUAUGCUUCUGAAAAGGAGAGGCUGCUAACUGAAUUGGCAGAAUGGAAGAGAUCAGUCGAAGGACUUCAGGUGGCGAAUGCUAAGUUAAAUGAGGUUCUUACUUCAGAAAGGGAGGACAGAAGUAAACUCGAGGAAGCAAAUGAGCACUUCCUUUAUGAGAAUAAGAAAUUUUCUUCGGAGAUUAUGGAAUUCAAGAACUUGGUGGAAAGUUUGCGUUCAGAAAUUGCCAACUUAAGUGUGAAUCUUGAUCUGGUAACAAAGGAGAGAACCAAACUUGGAGAAGAGAUGGACCAUUUGAGCUCCGAAAAGGAGGAUUUUUUGACAGAGUUAACAAACUGCAAAACCUUAAUGAAGGAUCUGCAGAUGGAAUAUGAGAAGUCUAUGAAUGACUUGAAAGACGGUGCCCUGCAGAUUGAACAACUCAGCAAGGAAAAUGCUACUCUUACUAGUACUUUGGACAUGUACGAAGCUAAGAUGAGGGAGUUCGAUGACUGGAAAAUGAAGUCUGCUCAAAGAGACUUUCAGGAAAGUAUAUUAGUUGAACAUAAUUCUCAGCAUGCAAUUGAACAGAGUAAUAGUUUGGAGGAAAUAUUCCUCCAGCAUGUGAUUCUGGAUGAAGUUUUGAAGCAAUAUGUGUCUGCCGUUGAAGCCAAAAAGGGCGAGCUUGUGGUUUUGUGUGAAGACUUGAGGCAGGAAGGGAUCAGCACUAAAGCAAAGAACUCUGAGCUAACAGAAAAGCUUUGCGAAUCUGAAUCAAGAAUCCGUGAAUUGCAGGUACAAGUGGAUAAGCUACAUGAAGAGGAGGAACAAAUGGCUUCUCUUAGCAGCCAAUUGGCAAUACUUCACAGAAAGCUGGAUGCAUCUAUUGGGACAGUUCACUCGAGUGAAACUGGUGUUGGUCAGAAUAUAGGUACUCGUGUGGCUACUUCUGUUGAUGCAGCUGUUGCAGUGAUCCAGGAUCUGCAGGGAAAGCUUGAAGAUGCUAUCAAGAACCACAACUUUCUUUCUAACUCUCACAAGGACAUGGUUGAGAAGAUUAAGGAUUUAGAAGGGGCAAAUGAACAGCUUGCUUAUGUAUUACAUAAAGUUUUUGAUAACCUUCAGAAACUUGUGGAUGAUUCGGGUCCCUAUACAGAAGAAAGCCAAGAUGAUAGUCCUAGAAGUGGGCAGCUGGAUCAUCUAGAAAUUAGCAACUAUGACAUAUUUAUUGAACAAUUGAUAACGAUUCUUCGUGAGCGAGCGCAACUUGAAUCCUUAAAUAGAAAAUACAACUUGGAGUUGUUGGGAAGAAUAAAAGAGAUGGAAGAAUUACAUAAAAGGUGUAUCCGUCCAGACGUUAUCAUGAAUUUGCUGGGAGAUAUUCAGAGUGUGGUUACGCUAGAGGACAUUGAGAUCAAACCAGAUGAACUCGUGUCUUCCCUCGAGUCUAUAAUUCAUUUUCUCAUUAAUAGAGACAGAAGUGUCGAGAAGCAGGUUGGUUUACUUAGAGAAAAGUUGAAGCCUAAGGAAAUGGAACUGAUGAAGUUGCAAAACCAAAUAGACAACUUAUGCUUCUCAAUCGUUCCAUAUGAAAUCGAAAGUCACAUUUUUAAGGAAAGUCUGAGAAGUGCAAUGGAGCAGCUACUUACUCUUCGAUCUGAAAUGCAGCUUAAGGAAGCCGAAGUUCAUCAGUCCGAGCAGCGGGUAUCUGCUCUGAGGGAAAAGCUCCACAUUGCUGUUACGAAAGGUAAAGGUCUGAUUCAGCACCGUGACAGUCUGAAACAGAGUCUGACCGCAACAUCCAGUGAGCUGGAGAAAUGCUUGCACGAGUUGCAGUUGAAAGAUGCCGCACUUCAAGAGACCGAAACAAAACUUAAAACUUAUUCUGAAGCGGGUGAACGUAUGGAAGCUCUUGAAUCUGAGCUCUCCUACAUUCGCAAUUCAGCGACUGCGUUGAGAGAGUCAUUUCUUCUCAAGGAUUCUGUUCUUCAGAGAAUAGAAGAGAUUCUAGAAGAUUUGGAACUUCCAGAGCACUUCCAUGUCAGAGAUAUCAUUGACAAAAUUGAUUGGUUAGCAAAAUCAGUUUCUGAGAACUCUUUUCCUGCUAGCAGUUGGAAUCAAAAGGGUCCAAUUGGAGCUGGUUUAUACCCUGAUUCUGGUUCAGGGGCUGUGGAUGGCUGGAGAGAAGAUCUAGAACCAGCUUCAAGUUCAGGUGAUGAAUUGAGAACAAAUUACGAAGAACUUCAAAAUAAGUUCUAUGGGUUGGCUGAGCAAAACGAGAUGCUCGAACAAUCAUUGAUGGAGCGAAACAAGCUUGUGCAGCGUUGGGAAGAAAUUCUGGAUAAGAUAAAUAUACCCCCACACUUGCGAUCACUAGAGCCAGAAGAUAGGAUCAAGUGGUUAGGAGCCGCUCUAAUGGAGGCAAAUGGCCGUUGUGACUCUCUUCAGCAAGAUAUUUACGAUUUGGAAAAGGUCCGUGGAUCACUUGAUGCUGUUCUUGAAGAGUCUCAAAGGAGAUUAGUUGACCUCGAGGCAGCUCUUCAGUCAAUUACCAAUGAGCGAGAACAGCUGUCUGCUAAUUUGGAGGUUCUUUCUGAGAAAGCUGCAUUAUACGAAAUCGAGAAUGAUAAGCUGCAAAAUGAAGUUGGUGCAUUGCAAUUAAAAUUGGACGAGAAGCGUGUGGAUGAGGAGCAUAUACACCAUGUUCAUGGUGAGAUAAAGCGGCUGCAGGAUUUAGUCAAGGACGUUCUUCAAGUUCCAGAAACAGAAGAUCUUGACUCAAGUACAAGUGAUAUCCAGAGGCUAGAAGGCUUACUAAGGAAGCUAGCAGACAAGUAUGCAAAACACCCUUUAAGUGAGCAUGUAGUAGGAGAUGCAACUGAAGAGCACAUCACUGAAACAAGUGUGUUGACUCGUGGUGAAAGAAGUGCUGAACAGUCAAGCACUCAAUGGGAGUUGAAUCUAGCAGCUCUAGAGAGAAAGCUAGAGGAGGCUGAAGGUGAUUUAUUGCGAGUGAAGGAUGAAAGGGAUAGACAUGUGGAAACAAAUCAAUCUUUGUCUCAUGAACUUGAAGUAUUAGAGCUAAAGAAUCAAGAAUUUCAGAAGUUACUUGUUGAGGAGGAGCAGAAGUCUGCUGCUGUGGCUUAUGAAGUUGAAGCAUUAGAGGCAAAGAAUCAAGAAUUUCAGAAGUUACUUGUUCAGGAGGAGCAGAAAUUUGCUGCUUUAACCCAUGAAGUUGAAGCAUUAGAAGUAAAGAAUCAAGAAUUGCAGAAGUUACUUGGUCAGGAGGAGCAGAAGUCUGCUGCAGUUAGAGAGAAGCUAAAUGUCGCAGUUAGAAGAGGGAAGUCUUUGGUUCAACAGCGAGAUGGUAUGAAGCAAAACAUCAAUGAUUUGACAUCUGAGGUGGAGCGUUUGAAAGCUGAGCUUAAAGUUCGGGAAAAUUCACUUUUGGAGUAUCAGCAGAAGAUGAAAGACUUGAUUACUUCCCAAGAAGUGAUGGAAGAUAAAGAUUCUGAAAUUCGAUUCUUAAAAGAUCUUAUGUCGGAAGCUGACAGUGAGCUGCAGGAUAAAAGGAAUACGUUGAGCACGAUUUUAGGUUCCUUGGCAAAGAUUGAUCUUGGGGUUGAGUUGAGAAGUAAUGAUCCGGUUGAGAAACUGCAACAAAUUGAGAAAGAAUGGCACAAUUUACAAGUUGCAAUGUCCUCUUCUGAACAGGAUUUAAAAAAAUCUAAAAGGGCUGCUGAGCUACUACUUGCAGAGUUGAAUGAGGUACAGGAAAGGAACGAAGACCUUCUUGAUGAGCUUUCUAGAACCACCAUGGAAAUUUCGAAACUAUCAAAGGAAAGGGAUUCAGCAGAAGCUGCCAAGCAUGAAUCUUUCUCACGUCUCGAACAGUUAUCUGCUCUUCAUCUGGAGGAAAGAAGGGGCCAGUUUUCUGAACUUAUGAUGUUGAAAUCUGCUUUAGACCAACUAAGGCCAGGAUUCAGCAAAAUCUACAAUCUGCUCAAUGAUGUCUUGCCCAAAGACUUGGAUUACUUGUACAAUCUUGAAGCUAGUAUUAGAUCAUCACUGGAAUCAAGUGAUACUUCUAAUGUGGGUGGCCAAACUCUGAACAGUUCCAGGUCAGAGAACAAGGUCAACGUUCGUUCCGAAUUAUUCUUAGAUAGUACAACAGAAGAGCACCACAAUGACAAUGAGAUCAUUGAUUUAUGGAGGUUUGUUGGGAGCCACAUGCAAGGUUUAAUGACCAAUGUCAAUGAUUUAGAAGAAAAGUUGCAGAGCCAUUCCAAAUGUUUGCACGAAGAAGUUAUCAUUUUAUCUGAAACAGUGGAAACUCUUCAUAGAGAAAUGACUUCCCACAAAUAUUCCCUUGAAUCUGCGAAGGAAGAGAUUGCUUGGUUAGAGUCCACAGGUAAACAGAAAGAGACGGAAAAUUUAGUGCUACGGAAAUAUAUUUUAAAGCUGUAUGAGACUUGCAAGAGUUCAGUUUUGGAAAUUGAGAAAAGCAAAGGCCAAUUGGUUGCAAAUGAUUCUGCUGGUGAAGAUCUGUGCAUUGAAGGAGAUAUCUUGAGCAGAGAAACUCUUUCUGUUCUUGAGGAGCGCAUCAUGAAUAUUGUGAACAGAUUAUUGUCGCUUGUUAAGGAUUUUCACAGUAUUCAGGUUGAGAGUGUGGAAGUGAACCUGAAGGAAAUGAAGGCUACAAUCUCUAGUUUACAGAAAGAACUUACAGAGAAAGAUAUUCAGAAGGAUAGAAUCUGUGUGGAUCUUGUCAGUCAGAUUAAGCAAGCUGAAGCAACUGCUACUAGCAACUUGCAAGAGCUUGAAUCUUCAAAAGCUCAGAUUAAUGAUUUGAAGGGGCAGCUGGAAUCGGUAAAUCUACAGCAUAACGUGUUGGAACAGAGGGUCAAAGAGCUUGAAAGUCAAGAGUCAAUCUUGGUUGAUUUGCAUGAAAAAGUGAAAUCACUUACAAAUGCGUUCACAGCAAAAGAACAAGAAGCCGAAGCUUUAUUGCAGGCGCUUGACGAAGAGGAGGCCCAAAUGGAAAGCUUGACAAACCAAAUCACCGAUUUAGAAAGGCUUGUGCAGCAAAAGGAUCUUGAUCUGGAGUCUGCUGAAGCUGCUCGUGGCAAAGCUUUGAAGAAACUUUCUAUCACCGUGAACAAAUUUGAUGAACUUCAUCAUCUGUCUGAAACCCUUUUGUCUGAGGUUGAUAAGCUUCAGUCUCAGCUUCAAGAACGUGAUUCUGAGAUUUCUUUCUUGAGGGAUGAAAUCACAAGAUGCACCAGUGAUUCCUUGCUUGCAUUAGAAACUGAUAAAAAAGACUUGCGCGAGAUCCAAGACAUCCUGACUUGGUUAGAUUCGAUGAUUUCUGGAGCAGAAACGCAUGAUCUGCAUCUUGAGGGAAACAAAAUCGAUCAAGUUCAUGAACAUAAAGAAAUACUUAAGAAGCAAAUCUCAUCUAUCAUCUCCGAAUUGAAAGAUCUACGUCAAAUGUCACAAAGCAAAGAUGAUCAGUUGCACACAGAGAGGAGCAAGGUUGAAGACUUAAUGCGGAGAAGAGAACUUCUUGAGAGUUCUUUGAGGGAAAAGGAAUCUCGAUUGAGUAUGCAUCAAAAUGAUGAUGAUUCAGCACAAAUUGCAUCAGUGACCUCCGAAAUUGUGGAAGUGGAACCUGUGAUUAAUAAAUGGCCACCUCAAGGGACCUCUCAAGUUCGAAGUUUACGCAAAGUAAAUAACGAGCAGCUGGCCAUUUCCAUAGAUGAUAUGGACUCAGAUGACAAGGAUAAGUUAGAAGAUGAAGAUGAUGAUAAAGCUCAUGGUUUCAAGUCUCUUACUACAUCAAAACUUGUCCCAAGAUUCACUAGGCCUGUUACAGACUUCGUUGAUGGCUUAUGGGUUUCAUGUGACAGGGCAUUGAUGCGACAGCCUGUUCUGCGGCUGAGUCUUAUUCUUUACUGGGCUGUGAUGCAUGCGCUUCUUGCAGUUUUUGUAGUUUGAGAAGCAGCUGACCUGGUUCUCAUUCAACAGAAGAUCUAGAUUGUUUGGUCUUCAAUGCAUAAUCCAGUUAGUUCUUUAUUUAGCAGCAGCAAUGGCUGUGAUUUCUCCAUAUUUGAUCAGAAAAUCACAGAUUGCUUUAUAUCUUGUUCAAAACCUCACCAAUAAUUUGGUAAUGUCUUUGAAGUUCUGGGUUUGCUUCACAAUCAAGAACCCUAAUUCAUCUAAUGUGAAGGUGGGUAAAUCAUUUGAAUUUUUUUUUUCCUUUUUUCUAGGGCAGGCAGGAAGUCAAAUGCAUAUAUUUGUAGUUUUGUUUACUUAUAAAGAUGUUUGCAAUGAGUUACAAGCAAUGAAACAUGGGUUUUGCUAUGAAUUAAGAUCGAGUGUUGUUUGU